CACUUGAGCCCAAAAGUUUGAGACCGGGCUGGGCAACGUGAUGAGACCCCCAUCUCUAAAAAAAAUUUUUUUAAUUAGCUGGGCAUGGUAGCAAAUGCCUGUAGUCCCAGCUACUUGGGAGGCUGAGGUAGGAGGAUCUAGCCCAGGACGUCAAGGCUGCAGUGGGCUGCGAUGGCGCCACUGAACUCCAGCCUGGGUGACAGAGCAAUACCCUGUCUCAAAAACAAAACAGUAAUAUGGCAGGUUCCCCAGCAUCACACAGCUAACUAGUGGCAUAGCUUCACCCAAACCUGAAGUCUUAGCCAGGACACUCUACCAAAUGAGAUCAACGGCUCAGUAAUGGAUUGGCAUCCAGUGUGAAGACUGGACCAGCAGGGAGAACUAUGACACGUACAGCUCAGAGCUUGACAGAGUUCAGAGCCACAGAGGUGGCACAGGCUGACUCACAACCCGAGCAGAAAGGGACCAACCCAGAAACAGUGACCCAGAAUCACAGGGAAAUGGAAAUGGGAGUCAGCACAAUGGAGCCCCUCCUUGACCCCAUGCUCCUUAUCCUCAGAGGCGCAGGAGUUGGUUGCACAGGCGGCUCAAAGGUCUUGACGGUGGAGAACACCAUCCCCAGGGAUUCCCGAGGUGGUGAUGCCAUCAAAGCGUUGAUUCUGAGCUGGGCCUGCCCAUGUGCGGACUCCGUCGCAGCGAGAGAAGGGUUAACCACCCAACUUCGCCAUUGCGGAGGGACCUAGGGCCGGGUCGCAGCCCGGAGAGGAGAUCUAAGGUCAAUUCCACACUGGAGCUCAACUUUCAGGAGACGCCCCAGCAAGCCUCUUUCGAGGAGUUCUCCAACUCCUCACUUCCAUGGGCCAGACGGCCCUGGCAGGGGGCAGCAACAGCACCCCCACCCCACAGGCCCUGUACCCAGACCUCUCCUGUCCCGAGGGCUUGGGAGAGCUGCUGUCUGCACCCCCUCCUGACCUGGGGACCCAACGGCGCCACGGUUGGAAUCCCAAAGACUGUUCAGAGAACAUCGAGGUCAAGGAAAGGGGGUUGUACUUUGAGCGGCGGCCCGUGGCCCAGAGCACUGAUGGGGCCCGGGGUAAGAGGGGCUACUCGAGGGGCCUGCACGCCUGGGAGAUCAGCUGGCCCCCAGAGCAGAGGGGCACGCAUGCCGUGGUGGGCGUGGCCACGGCCCUCGCCCCGCUACAGGCUGACCACUACGCGGCGCUGCUGGGCAGCAACAGCGAGUCGUGGGGCUGGGACAUCGGCCGGGGAAAGCUGUACCAUCAGAGCAAGGGGCCCGGGGCCCCCCAGUAUCCAACGGGAACUCAGGGUGAGCAGCUGGAGGUGCCAGAGAGGCUGCUGGUGGUUCUGGACAUGGAGGAGGGAACCCUGGGCUACGCUAUUGGGGGCACCUACCUGGGGCCAGCCUUCCGUGGACUGAAGGGCAGGACCCUCUAUCCGGCAGUAAGCGCUGUCUGGGGCCAGUGCCAGGUCCGCAUCCGCUACCUGGGCGAAAGGAGAGCGGAGCCACACUCCCUUCUGCACCUGAGUCGCCUGUGUGUGCGCCACACCCUGGGGGAUACCCGGCUUGGCCAGGUAUCUGCCCUGCCCUUGCCCCCUGCCAUGAAGCGCUACCUGCUCUACCAGUGAGCCCUGUGAUACCACAGACUGUGCUGGGGCCUUGCCACCACCCCUGCCCUUGAGGAGGUAGGGAGGCACUGCUGGCCUAGACCAGCUACUGAAAGCCAGUGAGGCUGGGCCCCUACCCCAACCCAAGCUCUGGGGAAAUCAACAGCCCCAGAGCCACUCAGAGGGAGGAAGAGAGCGAGCCAGCAUUCAAGGCUAUGGCAGUCUGCUACGCAAAACAGUUUUUGAAGUAAAAAUACUAAGAGGUGUUGUUACAA